AUGUCCAGUUACGGGAAUCUUUACUUCGCGACUGAUGCCUUUCCCGGCUGUGAGAAAGCCGAAAUUGAUGGCAACGCUCUACAAUCGGAGAGAGAAGAGACGGCAAAACGCUUUGUCAUUGGGCCCGUUGUUGACACACAAUUUUGGAGUCAAGGCAGAGAUGCCAUAGAUGUCGAUCGUGGUCCUUGGAAGAAACCUGAAGAUUACCUCAAGGCGAUAGGACAUCGCGAAUUCUCCUGGAUACGUCAGUAUGCUACUCCGAAACCUUCACACGGCCCAUUUUCUGUUCCCGGAGCGCAGAAUACUCCGAGCUCCCAUGUUGCGCUCUAUGAGAAGUUUCUCGCUGUUGCAGAUUCGCUGCUCCCGAAAAGGCAGGAUUUGGUCAGACCCACGCUUUGGCACUGGGAUAUCCAUGCCCCUAACCUUUUCGUUCAUGAUGGUAAAGUAACUAGUCUCAUUGACUGGCAAGAUGUGUGGGCUGGACCUUUGCUCCUUCAAGCACGUCAUCCACGGCUUAUUAGGUAUGAUGGCGAAGUCAUCUUGAAAUUACCUGAGCAUUAUGAUGCUCUGGUCGACAAGGAGGAAAAGGCACGCAUUCGUAGCCAGGUCGAAAGCUCCCUUGUCCUGUGGGUAUACGAGUCCCAAACCAAGAAGCACAAUCCGAUCCUCCACGAGCUGUCUCAGCUACCUCAAUGGCGCACGAUACGUGACACGGUUGAACUCGCAUCGAACACGUGGGACGGGGACAUUUUACCCUUUCGACAGUGCCUCAUUCGUAUCGCACACCACUGGGAAGAGAUUAACAGCCAGGUACCUUGCCCGAUAAACUUCACCGAAGACGAGCUGGACGCACAUCACCGAGACGGGGACGGCUGGACUUCGAAUGAGACCUACGACCAGGCGCUGAAGAUGUUUGCACAACUGAGAGACCAAGGAUUGCAGCACUUGACGGGAGAAGAGCGACGCGAAUUUGAGCAGCAAACUCGAGACAAGAUGGAUGAUAGCGGACCUCUGUACAAUGUGCGCAUGAAGCGCGGCCAAGGCUAUAAUUCCUACAUCCAAGAAGUGCGCAUCGACAAUGCUGUCACAAUCACGCGGUUUCCAGAGAACCCGGCGCGGACGAGCGCCUCGAUCAGCGAAGCCGACACCCUGGCGCCCGAGCACACAAGGAGUGAUUCGGUGUCGAAAGCCGCGCCGGCGUCGGCGCCGAAACCACCUCUCGAAAUGAACGACAUCCUGGCGACGUUGACCGAGAGCUUGAAGAAAACCAGUGCCCCCGAAAGCCCACAGCAGCCGAAACUGCCGUACCUGCUCAAACUCGAUCCCAAUGCUCGGCAUAAUCAGACCGUGACCUUUUCGUCGAAACAGGUCAAGAGCAUUGUGGAGAUGAACAAUGCCAUGGGCUUUAAUGCUUCGGCCGCGAUCAAAGCUACCAGCUUAGGUCCUGGAGCAGAGGCUCGAAGCAGCCUUGCCACUCGGGACGACCUCAAUACCAACGACGUCAACUUCCUUGUCCACGUCAAAGUCGUCAAUGAGGCCGACGAUCGCAAGGAAGAAUGGUCGUUCAACGAGGUCCCCGGACUGAAUGAAGCGCUCGGAGAAGACAAGGAGCCAGGCGUAAUGAAGGAUGCACAUUCCAGAAGCGUCGAAUUCACCCGCAUCUACGGCGACUGCUUCAUCUCCGACUUCGUCGAGGGAGGCGAGAUCUACGCCUGGGUUGGCAUCAAGUCGCAAGACCGCAAGAACUCUCGACAACUCGCUGUCCAUGCGUCGGCGCAGUUGACGCCCAUGGGUCUCCCAGUGCAAGCUUCGGGGGAAAUGGAUGCUUCGCAGGAACGCAAUCGGCUGUUUUCUCAAGCCACGACCUCGAUCCGCAUCCAGUGGCGCGGUGGCGGCCAGAUCAAGAAUCACGACUUCCCCUGGGGCAUGGACAGUCUGAUCCUGAUCGCCAAUGCGUUUCCGUCGAUGGUGGCGGCGAAACCCGCAAAGAUCCGUGCCGUCUUGACCCCGUACACGGCCCUGAAGAGUUUCCACGACCAUCGAUUGUCAAACCCGCGAAUCCCGCUGCCGCUGACCUAUGACCACUGUGCCAUCUACACCAGCACGCUGUACGAAGACUUCAUGGCGUUUCAGGACUUGUGCGAAAAGCUGAACACCAUGAUCAAGGACCCACAAGACUUUCGGAACCGUGACGACGACAAGGCCUCAAAGGAUAUACAAAAGGCGGCGCUGCAGAGUGGAGAUGCGAUCGCGACGACACGGCGACCUACCAUCGACUUUGGGCCGUCGGAGAUGGAUGACCCGACGUCAGAGGCUUGGACAGACAAGAAGACCCGGGCACUCAUGAACCUUGAUGUCAUCCUCCGAGAUCCAACCCCCAAGCUCACCAGCAUGGACCCGGACCCUCAGAAACUCAGCAUGAUGAGACUCCUGUGUCGCUCUUCGAUGAUCUACAUCCAGGAGCAGGCCGCGGGGCUCGUGGUCGAUCCCGCGAGGUCAAUCACCAAGCACGAUGACCAAGGCCGGCACGUGUACAGCCUUCCAAAGUACAUUUGCCCUGGCGUCAUUCAGAGUAUAUUGCCCAUCCCCAAAUUUGACAACAGUGGGAGCGAGUGGCGAGACAAGGAGAUCGCGGACUUGCAGGGCGUCGAGCAUAUCAGGAAUGACCCGUUGAAUUACUCAUGGGAUGUGAUCGGAGAGCCCUUGUCUCCGUACAAGAGUUACGAGCACUUUGCCGUUGGAAAUUUUGAUCUCGAUGAUGAAGAGUACCCGCAGCGAGUCGCUGUACAGCCUUUUACCGCAGGCUGGUGUCACAGCCGCCGUAUCCGGGACAGUCACAACGCCAUCAGCGGCAUCGGACUCGGGUACGCAAACAAAAAGGCAGUUUGCCACCGCAACUGCAAAUCCGUCGAGGUAGAGGAGUCCGGGGGCGUCAGGAACGCCAGCGCAGAAGAACGAGCGACCAUGUUCGCCAACAUGUACGUCGGGUGCAAGCCCGCGGGGGACCGCUGGAAACAGAUCGAAGACCGCAGCCUCAGCGCCUCGUCCAUCAACCGCGUCAAUGUCUACUACCGUCCCGGCGCCAACUGCAUUGCUGGCAUCGAGCUCCUAUCUGACCCCAACCCCGCCGAUUUCAACGACGACUCAAAACGCGUGACGCCCGUGUUCAUCCACAAAGCGUGGGACCCCGAUGCGACCGCACAGAGCAGCGUGACGGCCAAACUACCGGACAAGAUGGACAUUCAGGCGCUGUACCCGGGGGACAAUGUCUUGGACGAAAACAUGGACAAGAACUGGAUGUUUGCUGGGUUGAUGGGCGCGUUUGAAAAGGUCGGGCCUCCGGGUAUGGGGCGGUUCAAGACCGGCAGGGUUUUGGUCAAGGUUGCUGUCGUGUGGAAGAAGAGGCCCGGUGUUUCAUGA